CUACGGAAGGAUGGUUAGAUUCGCAAAUCAAAUGUCUAGUUCGGAUCAAAUGUCACGUGGUUUUAUUGAACGCAUUCCCGCUAAUUCUAGAACGAGAUUUAGAUUGGAGGGCGGACAUAACUCAACAGUAGGCCUAUCUACGUAUCUUUUGGCUUUUAAAUUGAAUAGUAGCCUACCAAUUCUGUUUGCCUAUCAAAGAUUUAGUUUCGCUUCUCCUUGUCCAACCAGAAGAGGUUUUCUCAGUUUCCAGGAGAUAGCGGAAGAUACAACAAAUUCCUGGAAUUCAGCAACACAUCAGUAUACAGCACCUGUGACUGGAACUUACUAUGUUGAUCUUGGCGUCGUCGUGAGAUCGUUGAAUACUGUUGAAGCGAGUGUAGAAGUAAAUGGCCUUAGAAAGUUUAGAUUAAUCAAAUUAAGAAGCCUCCAUACAUCAUCAGAAUUUAUAUCAAAAGGUGGACUAGUACAUAUGACUAAGGACGAUGUUUUAACUAUUGUCUACACUGGUUGCAUAGCAGCUGAUAAUAUGUCCUCCUCAAUUGCAAUCUUUUUAGUACCGUAAAGCCUAAUUAAUUAAAUUCCUGGAAAAAAGACUAACCUUGACCUUUCGGCAAAAUCGAUUAUUACUGUAUUCCAUCAUACUGAUAUAUUCACCUUUUUUAUAAUAAUAAAAUUUUCGUACAUGUUUGAAAAAGUCACUGAAUUUUACUGACAGACCAAGACAAACGCUUUUUUCAUAAACAAGGCUGUCCACCUAUAACUUGGCCUAUAACAAAAAAUUGUUGUAAAAUAUACAAUUUUUUUCACCUUUUACUGCAUUUCAUUGAAAAUAUGAAGACCUUGACUUUGACCCACGAUUUCUCUACUUGCAAUUGUAGGCGCAUAUGGACAUAUACAGUAUGUAAGAAAAAUUGCGGUAAGUACUGGUCCAAAUAGAACCGAAUCAGAAGUAAGCCACUUAGCAGAGAGAUGUAGAAUUGAGGGAGGAUGAAUAUAGAACCAAAACGUAAGAAUAAUAUAACUGUAUUCUAAAGCAAUACUAGACCUGUUCACUAAGGACCUACGCCCUGCUUUUAUACAAUUCC